GUCUCUUUCUCUCAUACUGAAAGAUCUAAACAUUUUCAAGGUCUUUGUCUCUGGUAUAUACCUUCUAUAAGUUCGACAAAGAAGCACAUAUUGUUUGUUAAAAACUCAUUUACCCACCCCUAGAAAAAUGUCUACGGGAUGUCUAAGCUGCUUCAAGAAGAAGCAGAGCAAGAAAAAAGACAAACCCGUGAAAACAGAGAGGUUGCGAGAGCUACCAGUUGGAGAAAAAGAAGAUGUUGAAGAAAGAGAAGUUAUACAACAAUACACAUUUCUGAAUGCAGAGAGAUUGCCAAUGCCAAAGCCAGUUGAAAAAAAAGAAACAGAUGUAAAGUGUAGCGCGUACAAGAAGAAGAACGAGGAAGACAUAUUCAGACCCGAACCAGGAUCAAGAUGGUCCUACUGCUCACUUGUAGGCAGCAGCGAUGUUGAACCAAAAGUGAACGAAUAUUAUGGAGAUCACUACACAGAAACAGAUGCAUCUUCUUCAUCAAUGAAUAAUGAAUUCAACAAAGUGAAGACCUUUGAUAUACGAGGAGUCAAAGUAGCCACCCCCACGGCCAAGUGAAUAAGAGAAAGUGGCUAGAGAUGCGUCG